AGAAAGCCCCUCUUUCUCUCUGUGCUCCACAUAUCAGCUUUCAGACUUACCUCACACACUUCAGAACUCUCUUAGCAGCCAGGCAUGGUGGCGGCGGCGGCAACAGCAACAGCGACUUCCUUCUCGCUCUCCACCACCAACGCCACCACCAGUGCUUCAAAAACCCUAAAACCCCAACUCAACAACCUCAGCUUCCUUUCUUCCUCAAGUCCUUCUCUUAAAACCCUCAGUGCUCGCGCCGCCGCUUCUUCAUCCGCUGCUAGUGGUGGCGGCUCAGCCCUCGCCGCUCGUAUGGUAUCUGUCCCCCCAGCUAUGAAGCCGCAGACUUCCCUCGAUUUCGAUACUAAGGUUUUCAAGAAAGAGAAAAUCAACCUUGCUGGUCAUGAUGAGUAUAUUGUGAGAGGAGGGAGGGAUUUGUUCAAGCUGUUGCCGGAUGCUUUCAAGGGAAUCAAGCAGAUUGGAGUUAUCGGAUGGGGUUCUCAGGGGCCUGCUCAAGCUCAGAAUUUGAGAGAUUCACUUGCUGAUGCAAAGUCUGAUGUUGUUGUCAAGAUUGGCCUGAGGAAAGGUUCUCGUUCGUUUGAUGAGGCUCGCGUGGCUGGGUUUAGUGAGGAGAAUGGUACCCUCGGAGACAUAUGGGAGACCGUAUCUGGGAGUGAUCUUGUGUUGCUUUUAAUUUCUGAUGCAGCCCAGGCUGAUACCUAUGAGAAAGUAUUUUCACACAUGAAGCCAAAUAGCAUUCUUGGGCUUUCCCAUGGAUUCCUUCUUGGUCAUUUGCAAUCAAUGGGACUUGAUUUCCCUAAGCAUUUUAGUGUAAUAGCUGUUUGUCCCAAGGGGAUGGGUCCAUCUGUAAGGAGGCUAUAUGUGCAAGGGAAAGAAAUCAACGGUGCUGGAAUAAAUUCUAGUUUUGCUGUUCAUCAGGAUAUUGAUGGCAGAGCUACAGAUAUUGCCCUGGGAUGGUCGGUUGCCCUUGGUUCUCCUUUUACUUUUGCCACUACUCUGGAACAGGAAUACAAGAGUGACAUUUUUGGGGAGAGAGGCAUUUUACUUGGGGCUGUGCAUGGGCUUGUUGAGGCAUUGUUUAGAAGGUAUACUGAAAAUGGAAUGAGUGAAGAUCUUGCAUACAAGAACACUGUUGAGAGUGUAACUGGAAUUAUUUCAAAAACCAUAUCGACAAAGGGCAUGCUGGCUGUUUACAAUUCAUUGACCGAGGAAGGAAAGAAGGAUUUUGAGACUGCUUAUAGUGCUUCGUACUAUCCCUGCAUGGAUAUCCUAUAUGAAUGCUAUGAAGAUGUUGCUACUGGAAGUGAGAUCCGGAGUGUUGUUUUGGCUGGACGUCGUUUUUAUGAAAAAGAUGGUCUACCUGCCUUCCCAAUGGGCAAAAUUGACCAGACAAGGAUGUGGAAAGUAGGUGAGAGGGUUCGUGCCGCACGACCACCUGGUGAUUUAGGCCCCUUAUACCCUUUCACUGCUGGUGUCUUCGUGGCAUUAAUGAUGGCUCAGAUUGAGAUCCUGAGGAAGAAAGGUCACUCCUAUUCAGAAAUAAUAAAUGAGAGUGUGAUUGAGGCUGUGGAUUCUUUGAAUCCUUUCAUGCAUGCUCGUGGGGUAGCAUUCAUGGUAGACAAUUGUUCGACAACUGCACGGUUGGGAUCAAGGAAGUGGGCACCCAGAUUUGAUUACGUUCUCACACAGCAGGCACUAGUGGCUGUUGAUGAUAAUUCUCCCAUUAACCGGGAUCUCAUCAGCAACUUCCUCUCAGAUCCUGUGCACGGAGCUAUUGAAGUGUGUGCCCAGUUGAGACCUAGUGUAGACAUUUCAGUGACUGCAGAUGCUGAUUUUGUGCGGCCAGAACUACGUCAGGCUAGCAACUGAAGGUACCCGGGACAUCAAAAGUUUGGAAGCUGAGGAAAUCAAAUGAUCAUUCGGCUCACUCAACUAGAUUUCUAUGCAUGUUUGUACCGAGUAGGCUUUUCAAAAAUAUGUUACGCUAGUCUGUCUUGGAAUCCUGUGAGGUUGAAUUAUCGUGUGGAGUUUUUCUACGUGUUGUGCUCUUUUGAUGGACAAGGAGACUCGAUGAUUGUUGUGUUGGUAGUUUUGAAAUAAGACAAUCAUGUGGUUUUAUCGG